CAAAGCGCCGUCCUGCCCUGACCGAUCAGGGGCUCUGGCUAGGGGCCUCCGCUGUGGUCACCAUCCCAGCACCUAGUCGCCCCAUCUGCCUGAGAUUUCCCCGACACAUCCAAAGUCCAAGUCCAAGAGCGCAGGGCCUGGAAAGAGGUCAAGAUGGGGUUUAUAUUCUCCAAAUCUAUGAACGAGAACAUGAAAAACCAAAAGGAGUUCAUGAUCAUGCACGGCCAACUUCAGCUGGAAAGGCAGCUGACCAUGCAGAAUGAGAUGAGGGAGCGACAAAUGGCCAUGCAGAUCGCCUGGUCUCGGGAAUUCCUCAAAUAUUUUGGAACCUUUUUUGGCAUUGCCACCAUCUCUUUAACAUCUGGCGCCAUAAAGCGGAAGAAGCCAGCCUUGCUCAUUCCUAUCGUUCCCCUCAGCUUUAUCUUCACCUACCAGUAUGACCUGGGCUACGGAACUCUUCUGCAAAGAAUGAAAAGGGAAGCCGAAGACAUAUUAGAAACAGAAAAGGCUAAGUUGGAGCUGCCAAAAGGAAUGAUCACCUUCGAAAGCCUUGAAAAACUCAGAAGGGAGCAGAGUCGAUUCGUCUUGGACAAGUGAAGUCACGUGGACCCUCCGAGCACCUGCUGCAACUCAAAGCACAGAAGCGUUGACUUGAAUCACGGUGUUUACAAUUUUCUACAUGAUCACGAUUUUGAUACAAUGCAUUUUUAUUUUAGAAUAUUAAAAUUCAAAAUAAAUUUGUUGGUCUAUUUUAAAAUGAAAUUUCUAAUGCUCAACCAAAUCAUGGCAGUAUUCUAAAUAAGAAUCAAAUUUCUUGUGUGUGUGUGUUUUACAGUUAUCCAAGUGCAAAAUUAAUAAAUUAUAUUGUUCUGAAUUU